ACCACGACACGUAUACGAGAACUCGUCCAACGUAAAUUUGGAAAGCGUGCAUGCCUCUGGCAAAUCCGGGUUGGUCAAUCCCUUGCAGCUGGCAAGGAUGUUGUCGGAGUGGCAGCGACUGGUGCAGGCAAGACGAUGACGUUCUACAUUCGGUUGCUCAUGGCUCUGGAGGAUGGAGAAGGAGACAGGAUGAUGAUCAUCGUGACCCCUCUGAACAUUUUGGGCAAACAGAACUCACAUUCGGAUCGUGUCAAAAACCUCGACUACCGCGUAAUCAUAGUGAAUCCGGAGCUGCUCUUGAAGGAGAAUGGGCAAUUCGGGAAACUGUGGAACGAUGGGAAGUUCACGCAGAAUCUCCUGUACAUUGUCUUUGAUGAAGCACAUUGUGUCAGCACAUGGAAGGCGUUUCGGACAGAAUACGGACAUGCUGGCGACCUCCGCUUUCUCAUCUCGAAGCCCAUUCCAGUAUAUGCUGCUUCUGCCACUUUGCCCCCGCCGAUCCUCCAUGACGUUACUCGACUUCUG